CACUCGUCUCCCUGUUCGGGUACGGUAUGACGACCCGUCGGAGGACAGUGCUGGAUUCGAGGCCUAUCAGGGUCUGAACGAGAGGGAGAUGAACAGCCUCCACAAGCGAAUCCCUGGUCUGCGGCGCCAUGAUCCCAAGACGUCCACCAUUCGACAACACUACUACCCCGAGGGUGGCUGGGGCUGGGUCAUCUGCGCCUGCGCCUUCCUCGUCCACCUAGUCAUCGCCGGCCUCCAGCUUAGCUACGGGGUGCUACUGCUGCACCUGCUGGCAGAAUGGGGACGAGAAAACUACAUGGAAGCAGUGUGGCUGGGCAGUCUGAACAUAUGCGUCAGUCUGCUGGUGACCCCUCUGGUUGUCGGUUUGUGCCGACGCAAAUCGACCCGUCUGACCGCCGUGCUGGGAGGACUGGUGGCCGCACUGGCCUGUCUGUUCGCCUCAUUCGCUCAGCAGCUGCACCAAGUGUUCCUCAGUUACGGUCUGGUCCUGGGGAUUGGGAUCGGCCUGACCCGGGAGACCUCUGACCUGAUGACCGGUCAGUACUUCAAACGGCGCCGGGAGUUUGUCGAAAUCAUCGUCCAGUCCGGAGCCGGCAUAGGACUGACGCUGGUCUCAACAAUUCUGCGCUACAGUGUCGGUCGGGUGGGCUGGCGACUGGGUCUUCAGGCGGUCACCGGGAUAGUCUUCAGUACCUUCAUCAUCGGCAUCUUCUACCGGUCGGCGUCUCUCUACCACCCACAGCGGCGGGCCAUUCUUCACCUGAAAAACCAGAAACGAAAAGUCAAGGAGAAAAAGGAGUUCAAGUUGAAGAACCCGAAGCCGGAGGAGAAGCCUCCCUACCUGGACUGGAGCGUUCUGAAGGCGCGCACGGUCCAGGUGCUGGUUGUCUCGUCCAUGUUCAGCGGCUUGGGCCUCUACACACCCGUGAUACUGCUGAUGGUGCAGUGUGAGGAGGAGGGUCUGGACGACGGCUCUCUGGGCCUCCUGCAGACAUUCCUGGGUCUGGCGCUGGCGCUCGGCUGUCUGGGCUGCGGCGUGAUUGUGGUGCGGCCCUCCUCCCAGUGCUGGAUCUCCCGACAGUACCUCUGUCAAGCCACACUGCUCGGCAUUGCCAUCAGUCUGAUGGCGCUGGCCGUCAUUGAGGGCUACCAUGGUUACGUGCUCUUCGCCUGGCUGUACGGCUUCCUGCUGGGUGGCUACCGGUACGCCAUCAAGGUCUACACAUUCGAGCGCGUGCGAGCCCGCAACUUCAGCCGCGCCUGGUCGCUGGUACAGGCUGCCGGGGCGCUCAGUAGUCUGCUGGCGGCCCCAGUUACCGGUUACAUUAACCGGAGCUCUCCAAAGGCCGGCUACUACUUCUCCAGCGUCAUGGUGCUGCUGUCCGCCUGCGUCUUCUUCAUGAUGAACUUCUACCGCAAGAGGCUAAAGAAGAUGGACACGACGCUCUCCUACACGACCGUCGACAGCCAACUGUCCUCGGGCCACGGGGAGUGCCACCUGUCGGCGGAGCACGAAAGCAGCGGUGGAGGUGCGGGGGCCGCUCACCAGGGUGUCUGCACGUGCGCCAUCCCGCCAGAAGAGGGCAGUGCACACAGCGCCGGAGCGUUCCAACGGGCGCCGCCACUGCAGCGCAUCGGAAAAUCCAUCUCCUUCGCGAACUCUGUGGAUGUGCUGGACGAUAAGCUGCUAGAGCGAGGUCCCGACGGGCUGACGUGUAUCUCCGAGGAGGGUUUGUUGGAUCAGCUGGAGAACUACAGCUACUUCUUCCCGGGCGACUGCAUCACCAGCUGCGACAAGGUGGAGAACUUCCUGCUGCAGACGGAGCGCUCCAUGGGCAGGAACGCCGAGCUGUUUCUGCACCGGCCGCUCCGGAUGGCUGCCACCGUCAGUCUGAGCGAGCCGGAGCUGCGGAGUCGACUCGGUGAUAUGCCCGAGUUUCGGCCGCCGCCCCCGCAGCCGCCCCCUCCGCAGCCCGUGCAGAGGCCCUCCAUCCUCCGAAACGGAUCGCAGAGGAGCAACUACGCGGACAUGGGCACGAUCGAUGAGAUGACCACCUCCGUGUGACCCAGAGGGCAGGUCAGGUCAGGUCAGGUCAGUGCUAGCCGAUCGAGGCUUCAUCGUUCAUGGGGUGAAAAGGAGGAGAUGUGACAGUGGUUUGUGAAAGAGUGGGAUGGUACGUACGCUCAUUAUAUGAAAAGGGGUCCGUGCAUUGUGAGGUGACUAAUGGAAGGAUGACUGUGUACCGAAUCUUACCCAUGUGAAGAAAUGAAGCAUCCACAAACGUGAUUUAUGUAAAACACAAAUACUCUUUUAGGGGUGUUGCGCGCGUUUUAUCUCAAUUGCCUCAUGAGUUACUCAGAACCAUUUGUGAGUUGCAGUCAUAAGCGCAUCAUCAACACUGUUCGCCAUGAGCGGGUGUGUAAAGUUGAUGUGUACCCUGCGUGGAUGUUACUGUAUGUCGCCAUUUGUUUUUCAUUGCUCACUUGGAUUUGAUUUAAAAGUGAUCGAUCUUUGAAUCAUACCGCUCCACUAUGGCUCAUGAACAGUUUUAGUGUCAUCUAGUCAAACAGUAUUAGUGAAUGUGUGAUUGUUGUUGUGUGUACAUGGGCGGUAGCUAGUCAACAGUCCUUCAUCUCAUUUCACGGUGUAAUGUGUGUGUACUGUUCUCAUUUCUCACAGGAAACGCUUGUUUGCUGUAAUUUGACGGUGAAUUUGUUGCUGUGACCACUGAACACCGCUGUUCGUCUGAGAUUAGAAUAAAGUGGUAACAACAAUGAUUGU